UUGACCGCCGUCGACCAGUGCACGAUGCUGGCGACUGUGUUUGCGGUGCUCGGCUUCGCGAGCAGGUUCCAGACAGAGAAGCUCAUCUACAUCAUCCGGCACGGCGAGAAAGUCGAUGGAGACUCCGACGAGGGCCAGCUCGACGUUUGGAACCAGUGCCUCUCGCAAAAAGGUUGGACGCGUGCUUACAACCUGAAGUCAAUCAUGGGCCUGGCGGGGACGCCCUUCCGCACGCCCGACUACAUCUUCUCGGCGAAUUACGCGGAGCCGCUGGAGUGUCGUGACAAGAACGGAUUCUAUCGCACCCAGCAAACCGUGUCGGCGCUCGCGGACUCGGCGCCGGGCGGGCUCAGCCUCGUGGUGGACAAUACGACGGGCUUCAUGCCUUCCAUUUGCGGCCUGAAGUGGAACCCAUUGGCGAAGAAGCCCUACGGCGAGUUGCGCAUGUCGCAGCCAGAACCAUUCAAGAAUCUGUCCUUGGAUUGGGCUAAUGCGCAGCCGGAGGACCCAAGCAGCACGUGUUACCCGUACGACGAGGGUCUGAACAAAACAAACGACCCGCUUGGCAGCGGCAUGUGCUGCAACGAGGCGGCGGCAGGAAAGAUGCUGGCCAAGCUUGCUGAGCCGGGCAUUGACACCAUACUGGUCGCUUGGGAGUCGCACAACAUCCAGCACCUUACUGCGGCACUCGGCGUCCCAAAAGCAGCCAUCACGCACUGGGAUGGCCACAACUUUGACUCAGUAUACGUGCUCAAGUACGACACAAGCAUCUCACUGUCAUCUUACGACCUGACCAGCGUCUACCAAGGCUUCGAUACGCUCGGCUACCCACCCGCGCCUGCGCAGCACUACCUUGGGCCGAACACGCGAUGCGGCGCCAUCUACCCGACCAAUUACAGUGCCGAUGAGUUCCCGCUUCCGAAUGUCAUCUCGCCCACCGUGGGCGACGACGGCAAGCCUGAGUACACACUCAAUCGCGCCAUGUAGGAGAGAGACACCACGGGUGAUGGAUCGGGACGCCCCUGCCUCGAAUCUUCGCUCCGCUAGGCUACACCACACAAGCUGUGCGAGCGAGCGCGUUGCACGCGGGCGGGGGCCCGCGCGCGACAUAGUAGCGCGCGACGUUCCUUUGAUUGACGUCAGCACACGGAGGACGGCAUUGUAGAACCGAUUGUGUCAUAGUGCCGGUGCGGGUGUCUCGGUCUCGCAACGCGAUGUUGGGUUUUGCCGUCAUGUAUAUGUGUGCCUCGUGGCGUGUGGAGUGUCGAGUGUCGUGUCCUGUCGGUGUCACCGUCGUGAUGCCAUUAGGCUCUAGGCGCUGUGAGUCGCUC